GUGGAAUGACCAAUGGCCAGUCAGCUGGAGUUGGAGGCGAAGCCGGCGGGGGGUUCACUGCUUUCGCCCGCGGUCGGACAGCAAUAAACUAGCAAGUGUGACAAUGGAUAUAGAUGAAGAAUGGACCGAGAGGGAGUUCCAGGAAGUGGUAAAAGCUAUCGGAGGUAGAGAGAACAUCUUCCUGAUCGGGGAGGUGUGCGAUAACAGGGACCUGAUGUUUCAGUUUGUGAAUAACAUGUUUUCACGACCGGAGAAAGUUUGCAGUCGAAUUUCGGACACGAAAAGCAACCAUGAAAUGACUGAACCGCAAUGCAAGGAGCAGAAGUCCGAGGCUGACAAAGAAUGGGAGUUUGAAUCCUUAAUUGAUUCUUCCGUUAAAGUGACACACAUGGUUAAUGGGAGUAAGGAGCAGAGACGUAUCAAAGCCCGGUUAAUUAUCUUCCUUUUCCAUCAAGAUUUUAUCUGUGACAAACAAAACGACCUCGUGAUCCAAGAACUCCUGAAAGAUGUCCGGCAAAGGUCGAGUUCCUGGGAAGAUGUACCCGCGCUCAUCGGGGUGGUGCACGCUGACGCUGUCAGCGGGAACCUAAACAUUGCUGUCCGCCUCGUAGAGUAUUACCUGCGGACAGUUUUCCACAGGCACCCUGCCGAGUGCGUGCAGGCACUUCCCUUCAUCUCCAGCCAGCCAGCCUCUAUGAUAGAACUGAAAAAGACCAUCAGUGUUAUCCUCCGAGCUUUACCGAGCAUCACAGAAGAUGUAAAGAAAAGAAGGCAUACAUGUUUUCCUGGAUUGUUCUGCUUCUUGGGCAAUACCAGAAGACGAAGAGAAGACUGGGAUGUUAAUAACAUUCGGAAUAGUAUUGAACAAGAAGGUAUAUCGAAGCAUGUUGAGAACGACGUUGCUUCACAGCAAUUGACAGUGGACGCAAACAUGGCUGAUGUUUGUAAAAGUGAUCUGCAAAUUGACACCAAUGGAAAUACCGCGCUGAACAUUGAAACCGAAGUUUAAAUAAUUUGACCCUUUUUCUAAAUCUGCAUAUUCAUUACAAAGUACUAGAAUCUGCUGAGAAAAGCAAAUUAUAUAGCUAACUUUCCACAAGUGAUAUUUCCCAUUUCUGAUUCUAUUAGUUGGGAAGAGUUGUUAUUUCAAAACAAUGUGAAAUGUAUUAUGAAUAUAUACAAACAGUAGAUUACAUGGCUAACUAUCAACAAGGUAAUGGUAUGCGCAUUCAUUUUCUAGAUUUGUUUUUCACUAAAAUCCAGUUACCACUUGUAAUAAUAGUUGGAGUCCAAAGUUAUGCUAGCCCACUACUAUUGAAUUAACUCUUGUUGACAAUGACAAAAAGAUGUAUUUCUGCCUGGCUGACUUUAGCCAGAUUUGCAAAAAAAGAGGAAAGGAAACUGUAAGAGGUCUCCUGGGAACCAUUUGAAACCUCCUUCUCUUCUGUUAUUAUAAUUUUUUUAAUAAUGUACUUGAAUGAAAAUUAUUAAAUAAAGACCAUGAGGAUACCUAAUAUACUAUAGGGGUAAACCCAUAAUUUUCUAAUACUAUUUUAAUAUUUUAAAAAGAGGUUUGCAUUGCGUCAGCAAACUUUUACCAACUAGUCUGCUGUUGAUGUAACUUUUUAAAAUAAAGUUAGCUUAUUCUUGUUACUUGUUUAUUCAGAAACAGAAUAUUGCCUGUUUAGAAUAAUUUUAAUAUAAGGGUUUUGAAAUACUACAUAACUACCUGUUGAAAAGUUGAUGCACAAAAUUAAACAUUUGAGAAUCACUAACAGUAUAAAAUUGCAGUUUUAAUAAUGGUGUUGCCAUUAAACAAAAAUAUGUAAAAGUGAUUGGUUUGUGAACAAAACAGAAGUGGGCUCCCUUGAAGGCAGCAAAUUUUGAUCAUGUUUACUAUAGAUGUAUAGAGGAACUAUUUUAUCUUUUGGACAGAAUUCUCUGCAAAACUGGAGGAUUUGUUGUUUCUGAAAAUGGCGAAUGAGAUGCAAACUCAUUGCAGAGGUCUGAGUCAACAUUGUCAGGUACUCCAAGUACAGGAUGACCCACACUUGGAAGAACAUCACCACGAGUUGAGGUGCAGCACUGCACUACUAAAAAUAUUUAUUUAGGGCCGUAUUUAAAAAAAAAAUAAAGAAAUAAAUAAAGAGUGCAGAGGAGAUUUACAAGGAUGUUGCCUGGAUUGGAGAGCAUGCUUAUGAGAAUAAGUGAAGUGGACUUGGCCUUUUCUCCUUGGAGCAAUGGAGGACAAGAGGUGUGUAAGAUGAUGAAAGGCAUUGAUUGUGUGGAUAGCCAGAGGCUUUUUUCCAGGGCUGAAAUGGCUAACACAAGGGGGCAUAGGUUUAAGUUGCUUGGAAGUAGGUACAGUGGGGAUGGCAGGGGUAAGUGUUUCACCCAGAGAUUGGUGGGUGCACGGAAUGCACUGCCGGUGAUGGUAGUGGAGGCAGAUACAAUAGGAUCUUUUAAGAGACUUUUAGAUAGGUACAUGGAGCUUAGAACAAUAGAGGGCUUUGUGAUAGGGUGAUUCUAGGCAGUUUCUAGAGUAGGUUACGUGGUCGGCACAACAUUGUGGGUGAAGGGCCUGUAAUGUGCUGUAGAUUUCUAUGUUCUAUGUUGUAAUUGUCCAUUCAAUUGGGUUGCUAGAUAUUUGAGUAUACACGUAAAUGAAAUAUAAAAUUAUCAGCUGAUUACACACCAACAUAAUCAGAUGGUUCUGAGGCUAUACUGGCUGGAGUUCAGAAGAAAGAGAGGGGAUCUCUUUGAAACCUAUUGAAUAUUGAAAGGGUUUGAUGGAGUGGAUGUUUCCUGUAGUAGUUCAGUCUGGGCCCAGAGGGCAUAGCCUCCGAAUGGAGGGAUGUCCAUCUAGGACAGAGUUGAGAAAUUUCUUUAGCCAGAGGAAUUCAUUAUCACAGAUGGCUGUGGAGACGGAGUAUACGUAAUAUACUUAAAGCGAAGGUUAAUAGCUUCUUGAUUAGUCAAAGGUAACAGGGAAUAGACAGGUGAUUGGAUUUGAGAGAGCUAAUAAAUCAGCCAUGAUGGAAUGGCAGAACUGACUAAAUGGGCCAAAUGGCUUAAUUCUGCUCCCAAGUCUUUAUGGUCUAAUAUUAUUAGUCCCUACUGCAUUUAUGAUAGCCUAUUCAUUACCAGUUUGGACUAAAAUACUUGAAAUGAAGUUGAAUCCCAUUUACUUAAAUCCAUUUUGUGUCUUAGUUCAUCAGCAAAUUUAGAUUACGCAGAUAGUUUUACCAACUCCAUUUAUAUCUAUACAAUUUAGGCAAAAUUGUUUCAGUAAUUUAACUUAUUUCAGUAAUUUAACUUAAAAAAGCAAUAGAGGUAUAUGUAAUUUUUAAUUGUUUCAACAAUGGAGAGUGGGGAUCAUUUUGUGUAGAUAAACCUGGGCACGUUAAUACUGACACCAAGAAAUUGGAAGUUAAUUUAUCACUCAAGUGAAGCUAUUAAUAAACUAAGCUAAAUAAAUGAGUCAUCUUUUAUUUUUCUAGAGGGAUAAUUUAUUUUGAGGAUGGGUGGGCUUUGUUUUUCCACAAGGAAAAUCUACAUAAAAAUCUUUUUUAAUCCAUUUACAUUUUAUAGCUAUUGAAUUUCUACAUAAUGUCUAAUUCGUCUAAAACUUAGGUCCACAAUAGGAAUUCAGAUAUUUUACAUUAAUCAAAUACGAAACAGUAUUUCAGAGGGAAUUAGUUUUAAAACUUUCUUAAAAAUUUUCUUUUACUCUCAAUAAUGAACUCUAUUGGAAAAGUACAUGUUUCCUAAAUGAAAUCUAUCCAUGUACUGUAAUGAAAUGUAUAUAUGAAUCACUAAAUAAUUUAGAUAGUAUUGAUCAUUUUAUGGCAAUUUCUGCUUUCACUGACUGGCACUGACAAUCUAAAGUAAACUGUCUAUGUUCAAUGUGUUUCUAAGGUGAGAAAAAAAUCAGUAUAAAAUACUUCAAAUCAAUAAUAAAAUACAUCAAUACAUCAGACUCUGGAUCUUUUAAAACUAAAGUAUGAAAAUACUUUUAUUAGCCAUUUUGACACAUAGCUUUUAUAGAUUGUUCUUAAUAUAACCCUAAAUGAAAGUCUUAAAAAAAUUCUGAGGCACUUCUACAUUUAUGAAUCAGUUGAAAUAAUAAUAAAGAAAUUACUCAAUAGCUUUCACCGAUCUAAAACAAAUUGGGUAACAAUCCCGUGGUUUAGCUAAUUUAAAUUAAAGAAGAAAAUCAGUAAAGGAUUAUGUAAUUUUCACUUGCUUCAACAGAAGAGAUAAUUUGAUACUUAACAAAACAAAAAUCAUUUUUAGGUUGUUUGUACAGAGUCCAAUUGUCUGCACUUCGGGUGGCUUUUGAAAUACUACAUCAAUAGGAAGAAAAUCGUAUAAAAGUGAGAACUUACAACCAGGUAACUUAACAUUGUUUAAUAAUAGUUCAAGACUCUUGAGCAGAUACUCUAGUAAUCAACACAAAAACCCUGGAUGAACUUAGCAAGUCACAUAGCACCUACAGAAGAAAAUGGACAGCCAAUGUUUCAGGUCCAGAUGACUUAGAGGGAAAGUAACUGGUAUAUUUUUUAAAAAAGCAGAGGGAAAAGAGGAUUAAGAGCUACACCAGUCCUGAGGAAGGAUCUUGAUCCAAUACAUUGACUCUAUUCCUUUCCGUAGAUGUUGGCUGACCUGCUGAGUUCCUCCAGUAUUUUGUGUGUGUAAUUCUGGAUUUCCAGCAUCUGCAGAAUCUCUUCUGUUUAUGGAGAUAGAACUGGCAAGUGAUAGGUUCUCUAUAUUCAAAUGACUGACUAAUGUUCCUGCUGGGACACAAGAUAGAAUGAUCAAUUGGGUAAAGUAUCAGAGAGCAACUUGUGCUCCCCAGCAAUAAGUCAAAUGUUUUCAGAGAAAGAAUGAAGUCAGAUUGCAGUCUGUUUGCUGUGAAGCAUCAGUUUAUAUAUUCUGCCAUAAUACUAAUAUUUCCAUUAGUUUGUAAGAUCUGCAUUAAAAACAAAUGAACAGAAAUUCUUCUUCCAGAUACACUUCAAACUUUUUGAAUCAAAUUACUCAAACUGAAAAAGUAUCAGAGUGAUUUGUAUGUGAUGCUUGAUUAAAUUAAAUCUUCCAUUGAAAUAGUGAUGGAACUAAUGUAUUAACGGUAAGCUAAUGCAACAUUUGCACCUUCACUAAUAUGACAGGAUUACUUGAGAAAGCAGUAUUUAUUCACACCUAUAUAUUUUCAAGUGAUCUAAAUGGAACCCGAUUAUAAAUAAUAUGUAUUUUCCGUGAUUCAAUGACAGUUACAUCUUUAAUGAGUCAAAACUAAAUUAUCAAGGUUUAUCCUGUGAGGUUAAAUUUUGAAUUUUAGAUAUAUUGAGUACUGAAAAUAUUUGGAGUGGAGUAUAAUUCUUAUACAGUAUUAUUUUCUAUGAGAAAAGUAGUGGGAAAUUAAGGAUUUGCUCUUCACUAAUUAUUUAAGCUUCAUUCAUCAGUCAACCUUGUAUACACUUUAUUCUGUAUUUUACUGUGUUCCCUUUGGGUUUAGUUUAUGAAAUUGAGAUACUGUAACUCCACUAUUUUCAGAACAAAGAUAC